CAGUUGCUUCUUCUCCACGAACCUCGACCGCGGACAUGGCCAAACGAAAGCAGCAGCACCCAGACGAUGUCGACUCGGACGGCGACAACGCCAGCGAACGUAGCCUCGUGAAUGUCGAUUUUGACUUUUUUGACCCCAAUCCGGAGAUCGACUAUCUCGCCCUCAAACGGCUGGCUGCGCAGCUUUUCCAAGCAGAUUCGGAGCAGCUGCAUCUCAAUGACCUUGCAGACCUAAUCCUAUCGCAGCCGCUGGUCGGCACUACCGUAAAAUGUGAUGGGCGGGAGAGUGACCCAUAUGCAUUCCUUACCGUGCUGAACAUGCACGUCCACCAGAAUCGUCCUUCGAUCAAAGCUCUGCUGGAAUACACUUCUGCAAAGUCGUCAUCGGAUGCCGCUUUCCACACCACCCUGCAAAAUCUGCUAGGGCCCUCGGGCCUGACAUCACAGAACCACGUCGGGUACAUCUUCUCAGAGCGGUUGAUCAACAUGCCCGCGCAAGUCAUGCCACACAUGUAUCGCAUGCUGGCCGAUGAAAUUCAGUGGGCUGUCGACGAUAACGAGCUGUACAAUUUCUCUCACUUCCUCAUUAUUUCGCGGACAUACCGCCUGUCCCCGGAAGAGGAGGCAGAACUACAAGACAACGUACCACGGUCAAAGCGCCAUAAGCAGAACGCCGCCACGAACUCUCAAGCUUCGUCUGGAGGCAUAAAUGCAUUCCACCCCGAAGAUGAAUACAUUCAAAAGAUCGCUUUGCAUUCUUUGGACUACAAGUUCACGCAUUCGCAGCCACGAGAACAGGGUGCUUUUGGGUUAGACCAAGGAGGGCGAAUGAUGCUUGUGCCAGCAGCUCGCUUGCGUGAACUUGUGACAGUACUCACUGGAGCAUAUCCUCCACCGUCCUGACGAAUGCUUGCCACUUUGGCUGUCAUAUAGAUUGUUGAAUCUUGGAUGCAUGUUAGACCGA